CCAGAAAGUUUAGGGAAGCUAUGUGACUUUGGUUUUUAUGUGUGAUAAGAGAAGAAUUCAAAAGAUGUUUACAUAGUAAAGAUGAUAGAAAAGCUUAAUGGAAGAGAAAAAUGGCAGAGAAGGAGAAUAUGUGGCAUAGAUUUGCUACAGUAAGACAGCAUGAACACCCAAGUCAGCCUUUGACACUGUUUUCCUUAUUACAGAACUUGGCCUUGGGUUAAACAGAGAGAAUCUGAGGGCUUGAAGGUGGCUUUCUGAUUGGACUAACUCGUCAGCUUUAUUAGAAAUCAGUGUGCAUCAGCUGAAUUUAUUGAAGCAGCUGUCCUUGAAGGAAAGGAGUUUUCCCUGCGUUGACAGAGCACUGCGGCCCUUCCUCCACGCAGGCAAGAUGCGGCAGCUCAAAGGAAAGCCCAAGAAGGAGACCUCCAAGGACAAGAAGGAGCGGAAGCAGGCCAUGCAGGAGGCCCGGCAGCAGAUCACCACGGUGGUGCUGCCCACACUGGCUGUGGUCGUGCUCCUCAUUGUGGUCUUCGUGUACGUGGCCACACGCCCGGCCAUCACCGAGUGAGCACCGUGCCUGCGUGGACUCUGGGAAGGGGGGCAAGCAAGGAAAAUGGCUUUCAUAUGCAGAGAUGCUCACAAUGCUGAGCUCCACGCGGGGCGCCCUGUCUUCUCUGAUCUUUGACUUGAUUAAAGUGUCUCCACUUUUCUUGGGAGGGAAGAGGGAACGUUUUAUCGGUGAAUGUGCUAUACACCUAUGGUCCACUUCAUGUGCCUUUCAGACUUCAGAGCUGUGUGUGUGUGUGUGUGUGUGUGUGUGUGUGUGUGUGUGUGUGUGUGUGUAUGUGUUUGUUUCUCUCCUAAAAUGGAUUUGUAGCUCCGCCUGGUGAGAAGAGGCCUCCCUGGGUCAUGAAGCGGCUGGACUCACCCAUCCCCAUUGUCUGGAACAUUACACGUUUCCACAUGUGUUCACAACUUCCAAAGGGACUAUUUCCGCUCUAUGCUUAAUGUGAUUUGAAAUAUGUUGACUCAAAGUGAGAUAUUUAUUUUUUUGAAUAAAGGAGAUAAUAGCCUUGCA